AAUUUAUUUAAAUUUAAAUACAGAGCAAAACUUGUUCAAAUAUAGAACAUGUUUUUCUUUCUAUUUCAGGUUGAAAAUAAACACAGGCAGUUGCAGUCUCAAUCUUCUUUCACCAGAAGUAAGGUCUUAAAGGAAGGACCCAGACCACAUCCACAAUGAAUCAACAACUCCCUCAAGGCUUGUUCAACACUCUUUCAAGACUUGGACUGAACAAAUUUUAUCCCAACAAACUUACUCUUCGCUGCCUGUUAGAGAUCAACAAAGACAACAUAAACACAAAUCCUGCUUCAUCACUGAAGGAAAUUCCAUGGUAUUUUCUCAAAAACCUCUUACAGAUCAAUGCUGAAUGUCGAAGUUGUGUGCAACUACCAGCCAAUGAUGAGGAAGAUGAUGAUCUCUUUAGCCUAGACCUUUAUACCGAAGAAGACACUCACAGUGGUGUUAAUGCUCUCGACCUGAUAGUAGCACUUUUCCUUUGUGCUGACAGCUUCUUGCAACAAGAAAUGGCUCUCAGGAUGUCAAUGUGUCAGUUUUCUGUGCCACUGUUGUUGCCUCAUAGCAACAACAGUCAGUGCAGCCUGAUGCUUUGGGCUCUCAGAGGCAUCGUUAAAGAGUGGCGUCCUCAUAGUUUAACUGAAUCAAAAGGUUUCAUUGAGGACACGAUUGUUGAAGCAAAUAUUCCAUUAUUUUCUUUUGUUCGCCUGAAAAACAGCAGUUUAUCAAAGUCCCAGAUGCUGAAUCUUGUUCUAAGCCGUGGGCAGCAGAGUCACAACAUCUUUAUGCAUAAAGACAUGGAGGACAGAGCUAUCAAAAAGGAAAUAGCAAAUGGACUUGUAGAGGUUUUCUGGUACCUUCCCUGUGGAAGAGAAAAUCUGGACAUUUUUCCAGAGCCAGUCGCAUUUGCUAAUCUGAGAGGAGACUUUAGUGAGUCACUUGCACAGUUUAGUUUUCUUGUUCAAGUUUCAACAGCUACCUUUGUGUUCCUGGACAAGGUUGAAGAAAAAGAGCAGGAAACUCUGAGUUCUUUCAAGGAUUUCAGGAGAAAUUUCUUUUUGGUUGUUAAUCGCAAGGAGGAUGGUGACAGUGAGGACAUGAAGUCUGUCAAGAGAACAAUAGAAAAGCUAGAUCUUCCAAAGAACAAUGUCAUCAGAAAAAACAAAACAGAAAACAGAACAUACUUCUCAAAAAAACUCUCUACUGCUAUAAAGACCUCACUGGAAAGUACAACCACAGAUAAAAUGACAACAGAUCUGAUGUAUGAAAAAGCAACAGAACUUGGUCUGUCUGUGGAUGAAAGUAAAAGUGAUGAAGAAAAGAAGGCAGCUGAAGAGAUUGUGAAAGAAAUUGGAGAACAAAGCAUUCCCAAAUACAAGAAGCUGCACCUUCCUUUGCAGGGAGAAAACUGGAAAAGAUUAUCCAAGUUAGAAAUAAAAGUCUGUAGACUAAAUGAGUACAAUGAUUUAGGAACUGAAGAGUACAAAUCUCAGCUACAGGAGGAGAAAACACAAAUCACAGAGGAGCAGGCAAGACACAACAUUUCCAAAGGAAUGAAAAGUUUCAUUGACAACCUUUUCACAGGUGACAAAGAAAAAAGAGAUUUCUUCUUGAAAUGGAUGAAACUUAAGCUUGAUGCACACUCUCGGGAAAAACUCUUACAACUGCGAAACCAGUUCAAAGAGCAAUGCAAGACAAAAGAUGCAGAACUUAUUAAAGAGUUAGAUCAAACUCUGCUGGAAAGCUCUUUAGGAAUUGAGCAUUUCAUGAGAGAGAUGGGACUGAUCUACGAGUUUUCACAGGAAACCACAGAGGAAAUCUCUCGUCUCCCUCAACUGGCUGCUGAAAUGGUGAUGGAUGGACAUCCUUUAGAGCUUCUGGAUGGAGACGCUUCCAACAUCCCAGAAAAGUGGGUGUCUGCUGUACUUAAUGAGGUCCAUAAGAAAGUUGGAAACAGGAGCAGAUUGUUGGUUCUGACGGUUCUGGGUGUUCAAAGUUCUGGGAAGUCGACGCUCCUCAACACCAUGUUUGGUGUCCAGUUUCCAGUCAGCAGUGGAAGAUGUACAAGAGGAGCUUACAUGAUCUUCCUCAGAGUUCAAGAGGAUUUGAAAAAUGAGCUGAAUUAUGAUUUCCUAGUUCUCAUUGAUACAGAAGGUUUAAAGUCUGCUGAUCUGGCUCAACUUGAGGACAGUUAUGAACAUGACAACCAGCUGGCAACCUUCGUCAUUGGCUUAAGUGAUAUUGCCAUCAUCAAUACAGCAAUGGAAAAUGUAACUGAAAUGAAAGAUAUUUUGCAAAUUGCAGUUCAUGCAUUCUUGAGAAUGACCCACGUUGGAAAAAAGCCUGCAUGUCAUUUUGUUCACCAAAAUGUUGCUGGAGUUUCAGCUGAUUCUAAGUGCAUUGCUGAGAGAAAACGUCUUUUGGACCAGCUCAAUGAAAUGACUCAGAUUGCAUCUGAAAUGGAAAAACUACCAACUAUUAAACAGUUCACUGAUGUCCUGGAUUAUGACAUGGAAAAAAACAACUGGAACAUUCCAGGUCUCUGGCACGGCACUCCACCAAUGGCUCCAGUAAACACUGGUUACAGCGAAACUGUUGUUGAUUUUAAGAAAAAUCUUUUGGAGACAAUAAAGAGCAACAAAACCAGUGAACCUACUCAGAUCCCAGAGUUUCUAGAAUGGAUAACAAGUCUCUGGAGGACAGUUAAAUAUGAAAACUUCAUCUUCAGCUUCAGAAACACACUGGUGGCUCACGCUUAUGACAACCUGUGCAAAGCCUUCAAUCAAUGGGAAUGGGAGUUCAGAAAAGAGAUUUACUCCUGGCAGCAACAAACAGAGGUAGAAAUUUUAAACAUACACAAUGAUUCUGGAGUAGAAAACUGGAAUAAACUGGUCUCAGAAAAGAAGGAAGAACUUUCUACAAAGACGCAAACUGAGCAAAUGAAAAUGAAGGAAAAACUCAAUGAGUACUACAAGAGGAAGGACAGACGUGUAAACCUGAUAGAGAAGUACAAAGUUGACUUUUUCAACAGUAUCAACAGCCUUGUCAACGAAAUUGGGCCAUCAGUAAGAACUAAACUGGAUCGUGUUCUUGAACUGAAAGUAAGCCAAAAGAAAGCUCAAGAAAUACAGAGGAAAUACAGAGUUUUGAUUGAAGAGAACGUCAUGAGGCUCCUAUGUGUCUGCAAAAUGUCUAACCUGUCUGAAGAUCAGUUGACAAAAGAGUUUGAGAAGAUGUGGUCUGAAUCUACCGCUAACGUGUCUGGCUUAGAAGAACGAGACAUUGCUGGAUGCGUCCUCAAGCAGUUGAAAAAAAAUUUCUUUAAUCGAAAUGUAAACCAGGAAUUACAGAACACCGACCUAAAACAAGUCGGAAGGAGUCCUUUCACAGUCACAGAGGAGCAUGUAGACAGAUUUAAGGCUAAAUUUGUUGACAUGAAUAAUUUGCAGAUCUUCACAAAUAAUGUUAUUGAGUCGUGUACAGAAUAUCUUACUGGCAAAGUAAAAACACCUGAAGAUUAUCAUGACUCUUUCAUGAAAGACCUACUGGAAAAAGUUGACAAAAACUUUCAACAAAACUACAAGGAAUAUGAAACAAAUACAAAGUAUGAGAUUGACUUGAAGCUUCACAUUUGUGGCAUCGCUUCAAGAGAAUUCCUGGAAAUGCACCAAAAGUUUCUGUCAAACCUGAAUCCUCAGACACAGCUGGAGAAGUACAAGCCUGGGUACUUGUCAGACUUUAUUGAUUUGUACAAAGAAAGAGAUCAUUGUCAACGCAAAGCCAAUGACUACAUUGAGUUUUGUAUCAGACCAGCAGUGGAAGAUUUCAUCAGCAGAUCUCUGGGAGUAGACAUUGUGGAUGAGAUCUUAACGAGCCAUCAUUCUGCAGAGUACAGCUCUCGCUCAUUUUUCCAGUACAGCAUUCAGAAAGAGUUGCUGGAGAAGGAUGACUUUGAAUGUUUUGUAAAGUACAUAAAUAACUAUGAGAUAUAUGUCAAAAACUGGAUAUUCCAACACAUUCAGCAGGAAAUGACACGUGAGAACACAUUGUCCAAACUGAAGAACAACAAACUUCAGGUCAUAAUUAAGAAAGUUACUGCUGCAAUAGAAGUGGCAUCAAGACAACCAGAUGGAGCUACUCUGCAAAACAACAAUGAAAGCAUCGAAAGGUUUGUCCAUGGAAUACGUAAAAAUCUGAACAAAGACCUCACAAUUUCAGUCGAAGCUGAAAAAACGAUCCUCUUUCAAAUCCAAAGCACAUGUCACCCAUUUAUCAACAGUGUCAAAAUGGCAUUGGAGAACCUGACAACUGAGCUUCAGGAACUAUUUUUGAAAUCUGAAGACAUCAAUGAAACUGUGAGGAAACUGACAGUUAAGCCACAGGAUGAACUUUUCAAGCGAGUUUUUGGAUGUGGGAAGCAGUGUCCAUUCUGUAAAGCUCCAUGUGAAGCUGGAGGAAAAGACCACGAGCUGCACAGUGCAGCUAUUCAUCGACCACAGGGUCUUGGCAGAUACAGACAUAGUACAACCAAGAAACUUGUUGAAAGACUGUGUACAACUGAUGUCCAAAGUGACACAUCAUUCUGCAAUUCAGACACUAAAGGACAGUUUCAUCCUUACAAAGAGUACACAACGUAUUAUCCAGACUGGCAGAUUCCACCAGACCCCACCAUUGAGGCUUCAGACUACUGGAAGUACAUCCUGGUGAAAUAUAAUGAUCAAUUUGCUGAAGAAUAUGGAGCCAAACCAGCAGAUGUUCCAGAUGCCUGGAAGAAAAUCUCAAAGGAAGACGCUCUGAAAGGUUUAAAAGAUGCUUUCAAUAUAAAGUGAAAGGAAAUUCUGAAGUAUUAAAAAGCAAUAGAUAUCAGAAGUUCAAAUGUACUCGAAACUACAAAGACAAAGGAGAACAUCGGCUAUCAAAGAAGACAUGAAAUGAAGUACAAAUACUCUUAGAAUAUCUCAUUUUUAACAGUUAAACUGAUUUAAUACAAGAAGCACUACAAGUGCACCAUGAAGAAAAGACCUUUCAUAGUGUUUUUUUCUAUAUCAUUAAUUCUAUAUAUAACACAUAUAGCCGUGUUUUAAUGAGCAGUAGCACUUGCUAGAAAGAAAUGCAAACGUAUUCCAACACAAAAGGUUUCUAUAUGGUUUCAAUAGAUUAUGUUAACAUUGUCAUCAGAAUAAAAUAUAAGGGAAAACAGAGAAAAGUAAAAAC